CUCAAACACACACACGCUCCUCGCGCAGAAGGAGUCGGGAAGACUACGGAGAAAUUAAUAACAAAUCGACAAUAACAGGGAACUGGCCUGUUCUUCCGCGUUAUUCUGCUGCGGUGGAAGACAAAUGUAAUAUAUCCGUGGAUUCGUACUUCUACCGGAUUCGGAUAACGUUAGGAGCCCACAGAGUUGCAGAAAUGAGUCAGUGGUUGGAGCUUCAACAACUGGAUUCAAAGUUUUUGGAACAGGUCGACCAGCUGUACGAUGACAGCUUUCCAAUGGCCAUCCGGCAGUACCUCAGCAGCUGGAUAGAAAGCCACGACUGGGACCAUGUUGCUAAUGUGGAGAAUGAGUCUCUGGCCACCGUGAGGUUUCAUGAUCUUUUGACCCAGUUGGAUCACCAACACAGCCGCUUCGCGAUGGAGAAAGACUUCCUGAACCAGCACAACAUCCGCAAGAUCAAGAGGAACUUGCAGAGCCUCUUCCAAGACAAUCCUGUUUCCAUGGCGAUGAUCAUCAGUAGGAACCUUAGCGAGGAAAGGAAGAUUCUGGCCGCUGCCCAAGUGUCAGAGAAUCGAACCGAAAGCACCCAAAAUGACAUGAUCGUGGAGAAACAUCGAGAAAUGGAUGGAAGGGUGAAAGACAUAAAGAUGAAAGUACAGGACACAGAGCAGACUAUCAAAAAUCUAGAAGACCAGCAAGACGAAUACGACUUCAAGAGCAAAACUCUACAAAGCAGAGUUUUUUCCAUAAGGUUUACUUCUCUAGGAGAAUCUCUGCUUCAGCUCAGGCAGCAGCGCAAGAAACUUCUGGAGCUGGAGCAGAAAUUCACAUACGACAACGAUCCCAUCACCCUCAGCAAAAGCACUCUGGAGGACAGGAUCAUGUUGAACCUCAAAAAUCUCAUCACAAACUCCUUGGUAGUCGAGCGACAGCCAUGCAUGCCGACCCAACUGCAAAGACCUUUGGUGCUGAAGACUGGUGUUCUGUUCACCCUCAAAUUACGGCUGCUCAUAAAACUUCAGGAAUUCAACCACACUGUCCGGGUGAAGGUGCAAUUCGACAAGGAUAUCGUUGAGAAACGUAAAGGGUUUCGCAUGUUCAACAUCUUGGGAACGGCCAUGAAGGUGAUGAACAUGGAGGAAUCCAAUGGGAUGGCAGCAGAAUUCCGUCAUCUGCAACUGAAAGAGAAGAAAGUAACCGGAAACAGAACAAGUGAGGGCCCUCUGAUCGUCACAGAGGAACUUCACUCCAUCACCUUUGAGGCUGAGCUCUGCUGGUCAGGAAUGGUCAUGAACUUUGAGGCCACGUCUCUGCCCAUAGUCGUGAUCUCCAACGUCAGUCAGCUCCCCAGUGGAUGGGCCUCCAUCAUGUGGUACAACAUGCUGACUUCUGAGCCAAAGGCAAGUCCUCUUCCACACUAUGCCAAAAAUUGUGUUUAUAGUAAUAGACUUGCACAAUGGAAUUCUGUGUUAACCCUGUCUAUCUUUCGCAGCUGUAUAAUGGGCUUUGUGACCAAGGACCGAACUAAAGCUCUGCUACAUGACAAAGCUUCCGGGACAUUUCUGUUGCGCUUCAGCGAGAGCAACCGUGACGGAGCCAUCACAUUCAGCUGGGUUGAACAUGACGCAAACGAAGAGCCACAGAUUCGCUCCGUGGAGCCCUACACGAAGAAGGAACUCUCUGCCGUCUCACUUCCUGAUAUCAUUCGCAAUUAUCGCGUGAUGGCGGCCGACAACGUCCCAGAAAACCCUCUGCGCUUCCUAUAUCCCAGUAUACCCAAAGACGAGGCCUUCAAAAAAUACUACUCCAAACCUACCGACAAGCAAGAACCAAUGGAUGUGGAUAAUAAGUCACAUGAGGGAUACAUAAGCACCACUCUCAUCUCCGUCUCUGAAAUGCAGCCCCAAGACUAUAACGACACACUCAUGCCAAUGUCGCCUGAGGUUUACGGCGAGCUGGAGCGCAUGAACCGAUAUGUCACCGAUUCGUUAAAAUUUGAGCCCUCAGACUUAAGUCUCUCGUAAGUGACCUGAAAGGACAGAUGAUGCAGAAAAAAUAGAAAUGUUUCCUUCAUUCUGUGUUUUUUCUACAAUACAAAUGAAAGAGGAACAUCUAGUCCAGGUAUAGCCAUUGGGUUUAGUUGUCCUCUUUUUCAUUAUAACGUUAUUUGAAAAACACUGUCAACUAUAGCAUAAAGACAACCAAACAGAUCGAAUGAACCCCCAUAGUAAUGCUACUGUUACCACAGCACUCAUUCUCGAAAAUGUUUGAGACAGUGAAGUUGUGAAUGAAUAGCACUUAAUUUUCUUAGAUGCCAAGUAAUAGAAACGGAGGAGAAAGUGAACAAAAAAGCUAGAUGGAUAAAUUUCACAAAAUCUUAUUUUCUGUAAAGAAAAUUAAACCUAUUUUUUAGGACUAAUAAGAUUUUUUAAGAGUUUAAUUAACAUUUACUGUAAUGCAAUCAAAUAUUUGAUUUAAAUUAAUGUGACAACUUUUAAUUCUAAAACAUUACAUAAGAGCAGUAUAUGUCAUAGUGCCUUGGAUUUUUGUAUUCAAAUCAGAAUAAAUUAUUGUAGUACAGGAAUUUAACUGUAAUAACAAAAUUACUGUAUUACAGUAAUAAAAAUACAUUAUGAAAAUAAUGUGAACAAACAAAAACAAAACACAAUGGUCCUCAACAAAACUGGUCCAAAAAUAGGCUUUCUUUUCUUUGUUUCUUCUGUUUGGUUUUGGGAUAAAACACCCCAAAGAUUCAUCCAGAAAGAACUAUGACAUGCAGGAGUUCAGGUCUGACUAAGCCUUUUAAGAUGCUAGGUGUUUACUUUCCAAACACCGUUUCUAAAUAUGUGAAAAAAAAUAUGACCAGUUUUCUUGAGAUUUUCCUUAACUUGCUGGUGCUCUAUUAGUGUUAUGUUCAAUUAAUGCACUUAAUGUUGUCAUUUCUCACGUUUGCACUGGAUUGUACUGCUGUGUUUAAUUACAGAGCAAUAUUUGUUUUUGUCUUAUUUGUUUUGGACAUGAUAGAAAGUUAUUACUGUGGGAAUCCAUCUUGUUUGGAAUGACUUAAACAUCUGCACCUUAGAAACUUUCGGCACAGACCAACAAUACGCAAACCCCACAUUGGCGAAAGAAAAGGUAUUGUGUACGAAUGUGUGAAAAACGUUAAAAACAGACAAACAUAUAAAUGUUGAAAAACGUUGCAAAAAUGUUUUAAAAUGGCAAAAAAUUACAUCUUUGAGAUAUCCAUUGAAUGGAUAUCUGUCUGAAGGAUGUACAGCUACAAGAUAAGAAAAAUGAAUAUCAAAAGCUAUGUACGUUCAAAGUCUUUAUUGUUUUUAUCUAGUAUUUCUUGUGUGGAAUAUAUUGAUCAGCUUUGACAUUAAAUUCAAACAAAUCUAGAACAUCUACAGCAUAGCAUAAUUAAAUAAUAAAAGCAAAUGAAAAGGAACACAAAAUAUCACAACAACAACAACGCAAUACAUUCAUAGCAGUAAUAAACAAAUGCAGAAAAAAUUUGUAACCGCUUUCUCCGCAAAAACAAGAAAUUACACAAUGCAACAAAAAUGGAGUAAAAUAUGACAAGGUUAACGAACGAAGUUGGAUACGAUCAGUGACCUACUUUUGUUUGUACUGUUGAGUCGCUUAAUUUUUUUUUCCAAUAAAUAACAAAUUGUCCACCGUUAAUUGUGUACAUCCACACACCCAUUACAAAACACAUUUACAAUACUUUAACAACAGUGUCCCACUAGAAAAUAUUCACAUAGUUGAGAUCGACUUAGCUUUGGAGGUUUUUCCAAGUAUACGUGUGCCUCUUUGUCGUCCGUACUGUACAUUAGAACAACCAAUGUGCUUUUCCGCAUACAACGUGCUUAUAGACAUGAAACCAACCAUUUAUGAAGUUACUUCACCAAAUUACACAACUGACUGGACGUUUAGACUUCAUUUUGACCAUAGUAGUCAGUGUUAAUUCCAGUGCAUUUUUGUUUGUUUAUAUUCGACUUUCAAUCUUACUUGUCAUUUCACCCAUGUACUGAGAAUAAAACAGAAAAUAAAUUUU